AUGUCUUUGUCGUCUCAGUACAAAAAUAGAUUUUCCGCGAUCUUUGCCGACGAGGAGGAUUUUGCGCCGGCGACAUUAUCUGCAUCUGAUCAAAAGGCGAGUCUCUCAACCGUGCCCCAUGUGAAGAAAGCCGUUGCCUCUUCAGGCCCAAUUUUGUCUGGAUCUUCACUAUCCAAAGUGGACGCUGUUCUCAAGCACCGUGAGGCGGAAAAAAAACGUCUUGCUGAAGAGCUUGAAGAGAAAAAGAAGGCCGCCGUGGAGGCUGCCCGCCUUGCUGCAGAGGAAGAGGAAAGGAAAAGAGUUGAAAUCUCCGCAAAGAAAAUGGCAAUUAAGGACCGGAAAGCCAACCCCAAAGCAAGUGAUGGAUUUGAACUUGUUGGUAAAGAUAGCCGCAAAAGACAGACCCGAAUUUCCAAUCUCAUUCAUACGCAAAAAACACCCGAAUCUUCUGAGACCACUGAUCGCCAAACGAGGCGUGCCCAUGAUCGCGAAAAUCGCACUGGAAUGAAGUUUUCCUCAAGGAGAGGCUACAAUGGCCACAAAGAAUCACUCAACGAUACAAUUUCUGGAAGCGUCGAAUCGGUCGAACCAUCCUCAAUUCAGGAGGUAGCUCCUGUAGAAGCCGACGCCGACAAGACGGUACCCAAAACAGGGGAGGAGGAAUCUGUCGCCGCUCUGCCCAAAAGAUCUGUAAUGACUUUUGACGAGUAUCUUUCCACCAAAAACACCCUUGUGCUUGAUUUGCCCAAACGCCUUGCUAAUGAGGGAAAUGGUCCAAACCAAUUUGAAAAGACGAUCCCGUUUGUUCGCACAACGGAGUCCUUUAUGGGAUUUUCCAUCAAGGACGAAGAUGAAAAAACCAAGCCCACCUCUCCGGUCUCUGCGCCCUUGUCGUCUCGCGGCGGCUCGUUCAUCGUUGACCCACGUCUUGAGCCGGUGUUUUCCAAAAAGUCGGCUUCUCCCAAGUCUAUCAAACCCCAAAAGGGUACUACUGCUAAGAAAUAA